CUAUCAUUGCCUUCAAGACGUCCAAGAGGCUUAGAAAAAGAUUUGGCGCAGAGAACAAUAACUUGUAAAGUUCCGAACUACUAAGACAUGCAAUUUUUAUUUGUUUUAAGUUAUUUCUGAUCUUCAAAUCUGCGGGAAUGAUGAAAAAAAUCAAUAAAAGUACAGAGGUUAUUUGCUUUGUGGAAUUAGAGCAUGCAACAAGUGUCAUCAGCUGUCACAUGAUAGUAUUUAAGUAGCUCCAUCUCUUUCCUGCUUCAAGGCAUUCAAGCUUCAAAUAAAAGAUCGUUUUGCAAAGUUAUGAUAUUAAUACUGUUGUCCAGUUAAAAGCCAUGGCAUCUUUUCKGUUCGUGGUGCUUUUAUGGAGUUUGAAUACGCAGUCUUUUGGAUUUGACAUGGAGGAAACUCGUGAGCAAGCCAGAAAGAUAUCUCGAGUGUUACAUGCAACUCUCGAAGAGAACAUUGGGAAACAACAGCUGGAAAAAGCAUACGAGACGACAUCGUGUUCAACAGUGUCUGAGGAAAAACUGGAUAUCUUUCUUGAUAUAUUAAUUUUAUCUUUUGAAAAAAGGUUCAAUGAUACUCAAACUGCAUUGAUGAAUUCAAAAGCAUCGAUUGCCAGCCAUGAAGCAGGAAACAGCACACAAGGAAAAAUGAAAAUUGAAGUGCAAGAUUGUUGCACUAAUCUCCAGCGACCCUUGCCUUACAUUGCUCGUUUUCAUGCCGAGGUCAACACCUCUGUAGCUUGCGAAAACGUCCAUGUCUUUCCUUCCUACAACCAGAGUAAAAAGGAAAAUCUCUUCAAUACUUUCAGAAGCAAUUUCAAAGUCUCUUCAACAAUUUCUUGGCAGUAUUUUGGGUCAUCGCAAGGAAAUUACUUGCAGUUUCCAUCUUCGUCAAGAGUCUGUAACUCCACGAAUGCUUUUGACCCUAGAUUCAAAUCGUGGUACGUCAAUGCUGUGUCGCGUGCGCACGUGAAUGUCGUCUUGGUCAUUGACAAAAGUUUCUCUAUGAAGACCAGGGAACGCAUGGAGCUGGCACGUCAAGCAAGCAUCACAGUGUUAGAAACAUUAGGAGCUGAUGACAGUAUUGGUGUGAUUGCGUUCUCGUCGAGAGUUACCGCACCGUCGGGUUGUUUUGGUGCUGCUAUCGCGCAAGCAAAUCCCUCAAAUAUAAACCAGUUGAAGACGUGGGUUAAAAGACUYCAACCAGGCGGAGGGACAAACUACGUACCUGCUUUCGUUCAAGCCUUCAAGAUGCUGGAAAGUCAGCGUCAUAACCAGACUUCAAAUGCAACGAGUGUUAUUCUUUUCUUGACUGACGGUGAAACUCGUGAUGCUGAAAACGCCAUAUUUGAAGCUAUACGUCAUGGUCAAAAUCACAUGCAAAACCGUACGAUAAUCAACACGUAUGGCUUAGGAAGCGGUCUCAACAACAAUGCCUUACAGAGACUCCAAAAGAUAGCCAAUCAAAACAGCGGAAAAUUCACACAUAUCCUUGACUCCGACGCAUCCGGGCUGCGGUCAAUUAUGGGUCAAUAUUACUCAGAGAUCCCCGGUACUAUACGAGAUGGCCCUGUUAUAUCUCUCCCUCGCCUAGACAAAGAUCUAGGCCUGGUGACUACUAUGUCAGCGGCUUGUCUUGGUUCACGUAAUGACGUCAUAGGCGUGGUGGCUCAGGAUGUGGCUAUCAGUGAGUUGUUGAAGGAAGCCGUAAAGUACUCGGCGUCUGAUGGUCUGGCUUACGUUGCAGUCAUAGAUACGAAAGGUCGAACUAUUAUCCACCCAAGUGUUCCCAAGCCAACGGAUUACGUUGCUGACCCAGUGUUUCAGUCUUUGUCUUUGUAUGAACCGAGUGUUAAAGAAGACAUGUUGCAGAAGAUUACUAGUGGAAAUCCUGGAAGUGCACAUAUGAAGGCUUACAUGUCCUCGUCUCGAGGGGAUCCACAGACAGACGGAGUCCAAACAGUCAUGGUUAAUGCUACUUACAUGUGGAGGCCUGUUCGUGGAAGUCCUUACAUCGUGUUACUGGUGACUGCAAGAGAUCACAUACAAACCGCUGAAUCACACAAGUUUGUGGCUCUGAGCCCUCAAAUCAAGUCACACUACCAUCGACUGGAUCUGACAAUGAACAAAAUCGACCUCUCCACUACCCCUGUGUGUAACAUGAAUGGCUACUUGUUGUCAAGGCUUUUUUCCACAGUCAAGCUUGCUCCAGAAGCGUUCAACGACAGUUCGCGGUAUGUCGCUACACCCGAGACUCUGACAAGUGUCGAUUCCAUGGAAACGUUCUUUAACGACCAAUCGCCACAAGCUAAGUAUCCAGAUUUGAGCGAGUCUGUUCGAGUGGACGUCAUGUUGACCGCACAGCUAGAAAAGACCUGGAACGAGUCUGUGCACAGGAACCCCAGCGUGGUAGAAUGGAGGUUUGUAGCUACAAAUAGCGGCGUGUUUCGUGUGUUUCCUGGUAUUAGACUACAGAAGACCYACUCACACCUUAGGCAGCCAUGGUACACACGAGCUGUCAGUAACGCAGGGCACCUAACAAUAUCACGUCCGUCGUCCAACUCUAGUGGUCUACAAAUCCCAGGCAGCUUGCUGUCCUUGGUAACGACUUUCAGUGCUCCAAGAUGCAACACAGGUAUCCCAUCAUCCAGUCAAAUCGCUGGUGUCAUCGGCAUACAGCUCUCGCAGACUUCAUUUAACGAGAUUCUUCUAACACGUAUCCCUGGAUUGUGCGAUAAACUCCAACAAGACUGCUUUAUCAUGGACAACAGUGGGUAUGUUAUUACGGAUGUAUUUAGACCAAAUAAGGUCACUUCACAUCACGUGACCCAGAUGUUUCCAUGGCUGGCGUCGAGUUUAGCUUCACAAGGCAACUUUGUUAAGACAUCUUGGUGUAAUAAUCUGGAGGACCACGUGGUACAGUUGUUCCACAGUCUGGUUCUUCCUGGUAAUGGUAUUACAUCGUCUAAUGGUACUUCCCCAUGCCGUCAGUACCUACUUACUCCCUUACCUAAUACAAAUGCUUAUCUACUGGUUGUGCGCUCACGGGUCAYGUAUGGAUGUAACGAGAUUGGUGUGUCGGAAUGUAAUCAAUGUGAGGCUAAGUGUUCCAACUGUACUGGACAUCUAUCUCCAUGCCAGUGUCCUUGUACCUGUUCAAUGCGCUAUGAUGAAUGUACCAACUCAGUUACUGGACUUUGGACUGGAAUUCCCUGUCCAGCAUCCAUCCCGAAGCCUCGUGACACCGCAGUUGGAGUAAGAACCAAUAUGGAUGCUUUAAUGAAAGUUCCAUCCUGUCCAACACCUUGUAAAUCUCUUACUAACGAGAUCGAUUGUAAUGCUUCAAGUACAUGUCAUUGGUGUCGUCAUUCCACUCUUCCAACAUGUAGCAAAAUCUGCAGAACUGGUCAAAGAAUAAAGUUACUCAUUCUCUUUCCAUGCAACGACUUCACCAAGCUGUCUUCAUCACAAAAGUUCAAGCUUGGAAAAUCUUUCGUCGAAACUGUGUUGAAGGUGUCACCUCAACUAACAACGACUGCGUUGGAUAGCCCUGAAUAUAACAAGACAGGAAUAGGCAUCACCAUACACGGUACAACAGAUGGGAUACCUGUGUUAAGUCACCGCGAUAAAAUCAAGGCAGCAGUUGAAGCAAGAUCUUUCAGUAUUGGUCCAACAACCAAUGUUAAACGAGUUUAUACUGCCAAGAGUUCCAGGGAGUACACUGAUUUACAGAUCCAGCUAAAUAUGCAUCCAUGGCCAGUCACACCUUUAACGGAUGAACAGAUACGAGAAGCGACAAAGAGUUUACAAGAUGCUGUCUAUAGAUUACUUGGGGAGUCUCUAGCUAGUAAGACCCGUGGUAUUCAUUUGACGAAGAGUCUAAUUUCUUUCAACUUAUCAAAUGAGGGACAUGUUUUAAGAUUUUCUAUGAACGACAUUGCAGAGAACCUGACCGAAGCUGUCCAAAAUAAUAGACUCUUCGUUCAAAUCGCGAAUACACAAGUCUUCGCUACAGGAAUAUUUACCAAGGGAUCUUUUGAUUAUUACUGCGAUCCGACAGAGCCAUCCACAUCAUCGCCAUCCACAUCAUCGCCAUCGACCACAUCGCCAUCAGUCCAUCCAAGCGACGACUCACUCCUUACCCUACCCCCCAUAACAAAAGAUUUCACCUUACCUAUUGCAACGAAAAAAUUUGAACCGAAAAAGAAAUCAGGCCUUAUACCUACAGAAGUAUAUAUCGUCGUCUUCACAGCUCUUGGGCUUGCUUCGUGUUGUCCUAUUGCGGUCUUCUUUUUGGCUGUUCGUAAGCGUAAAAAGACGGCUGCAUCUCGUCAAACCGCAGCGACCCCUGAGACGGAAAUAGAUGAAGUGAGUUUGGAGGAUAGCAAUCAACUUUUAGACAAAGGCCCACCUUCUCCUCUACCUAAUUACACUUCAAGCUUUGUCAACCCUUCAUACAAUAGGCGAGGCACGGUUGAGUCGAUGCAAGUUGUCCCUGAGUUUUCAAGGGGUCGACAACAGAAUCCACUACAACCAAGACCUGAUCUUUCUGAACCACGAGCAAAACCAUACUUAGGACACAGAGCGAGUUUAGUAUUUGAAAAAAGUCAAAAUUCUGAACGAACUAGGAUGAAUUAUCUAGAGAUGAAAGAUAGUGGAAAACAGAAGUUGGCCUGGAAGGAAAGCGUGCAAAAACUCAAAGAAAAGAAACGCCAGGAAAGAAAACAUUUGGUUGGUUUAUCAGCCAAGUUUUCUGAAGAAGAAGAAGAUGGUGAAGCACUCUCUUCAGCGAAUAAAAGCCAGGAGAAAAUAGCAAAUUACGAAAGAGAAACUGAAAAUAUGACUAGUGCUUCUAGCUCGAUAAAGAAACCUCCAUUCAAACGAGGAUUUAUUGAUUGCGACAUUGAUACAAUUGUUGCUGGAAAUCARGACACGCCGGUUAAAGGAAAAUAUCGCCGAAGUCUAAGCAACAAAGACAUUUCCAUGGCAACGUUUCGUAUCCAAGACAACACGAAUAGAAUACAAAGUUAUCAAAUUCCCAGUGCGUCACACCCUCGGUCGUUGCUUGCUACGCAAGGCGGCGUACCGACUUUAAGGGCGCAGCAAAGAAAUGAUUUUGAUGCGACCAUUUUGGAACACAAUAGGCCGGUAAACGCUUGGGCUAAAUCGAAAAGUCCUGGUUUAGCAAGCAGAAUUUCUUCGCUUAUUUAGAUUUUCAUCAAAAACUAAUUAUAUUAUAGUCAAACUAAUACAAAAUUUAGUUGUAUCAYUUACAAACAGAAAAAACUAUAAAAAGCAGGAAAAAUGUGUAUAUUAUGGUUAUGAAAAUUAAUUAUAGCUAUUUAUCUGAAUCA